CAGUCGUUAACUAGCAUCCAAAUUUAUAUAACGGCAAUGGUUUCUCUCUCCAAUUCUUCAAUUUAUACAACUGCAAUGGUUUCUGCAGAUAUUUUGUGGGCGCUUAGACUAUUUAUGAUAUAUACAGUGAUCCAACCAAUUGCCAGUUGUGAGCUGGACAUUAAGUUGCACAACGGGCAAGUUACAGAGUCGUCUAGCUGGUUCCUAGGUGAUAGCAUCAAGUUUCAGUGCAAUCGUGGAUUUUCCUUACAGGGCAAGACGUGGCACCUUGGCGGCGGAAAUAUAGCGAAGCGAUACUGUGCCAAGGCGGGUUGUAAUGUUAUUAAGAAACCGGACAAUGGAAAUGUUUUCACGGCCAUUGAUGGCUUAAAGGCCGAAAUCGAGUGUGACGCAGGAUUUGUUCUCAGUGGAAAUUCCUUUACCUACUGCAAUGGAACGACGUGGAUCAUUAAGUUGGGAGCCUGCCAGAUGGCCAACAGUAUCGGUGACUAUUCCUGCGACUUCGAGAGGGAGGAUCAGUGUGGUUGGGAGGCCAGCAAAGCCAUACCACAGCCAUGGAAGCGGAUCAGUGCUGCGGCAGACUUUCGCAAAGAUAAGUGUCUGCAGCAGGAUCACACUUUCCAGAGCGAUAUCGAAGGACACUUUAUUCGCUUGCAUACGCAAGUGCAUGCCUCCAGGACCUACCACUUCAUAUCUCCGAUCUAUCCCAGGAACCUCACGUUGGGCCAUUCCUUAUGGUUUCAGUUCCAACUCUUCAUGUUUGGUACGGAAUUAAGAGACCUGGCGAUAUCGGUCAAACCCGCUUUAAUGGCGGUCGAGGAUAUGUGGAAGAGCUAUGGACAUAUCUACACCAAACUCACUGUGUCUGGCGAUCAGGGACCAAACUGGAAAAGCCACUUGAUCGCCAUCGAUGAGAUGGAGUCGGACUUCCAGGUGGUUUUCACAGUCAUGGACCCAAGCUCUAUCCAUGGCGACAUUGGUAUUGACGAUGUGAAAUUUAUAAAAACCGAAACCCCUAAUCUUUUUUAA